CAUUCAUUUAAAACAAUGAACCCCAAAACUAUUUUCAUGACAAUUUAGAAUUGCAGAUGGGCUGGGGAGGGCUGGGGUUGGCCAGGGACUGAGUGCUGCAUUCCCUCACACCUGCCCUGCCAUUUGUCUUGUCCCUGCAGGCUCCAGCUAAACUUCUGCCUUUCACCUGUGAGCAGUGCAGCCUGCAGGAGAGCAGGAGAUGGCCCCAGCCCAUCCACCUCAGGAGCCCGUGAGCUUUGCGGAGGUGGCCGUGUAUUUCAGCAGGGAGGAGUGGGCGCUGCUGGAGCCUGCGCAGCGAGCGCUCUACCGGGACGUGAUGCUGGAGACGUACGAGUGCGUGGCCUUGCUGGGUGAGAGCUUUGCUGCCUUUCCUCCUCCUGUCCACCAGCGCAUCCACACAGGAGAGAGACCCUACAAGUGCCUUGAGUGUGGGAAGGGCUUCAAUACGAGUUCCCAUCUCAUCAUCCACCAGCGCAUCCACACAGGAGAGAGACCCUACAAGUGCCCUGAGUGUGCGAAGAGCUUCAAAACAAGUACCCAUCUCAUCAUCCACCAGCGCAUCCACACAGGAGAGAGACCCUACAAGUGCCCUGAGUGUGGGAAGAGCUUCAAAAGCAGUACUGAACUCACUGUCCACCAGCACUAUCACAAUUGAGAGAGACCCUACAAGUGUGCUGAGUGUGGGAUGAGCUUCAAAACGAGUGCCCAACUCAUCCGCCACCAGCGCAUCCACACAGGAGAGAGACCCUACAAGUGCGCUGAGUGUGGGAAGGGCUUCAAAAGCAUUUCUUCCCUCUACUCCCACAAGCACAUCCACACAGGAGACACAUUGUAGCAGUGCCCUGAGUAUGUGAGAAGCUUCAGAAGCCCUUCCAGCCUCGUUACCUACCUGCACAUCCACACAGGACGCAGAGCCUGCAAGUGCUCCCAACAGCGUGCACACAGAGGGAGGGAGGGGAGAAUCUCUGCACUGCAAUUAUCUUAAAGGUACUGGCACUUCUACAGUUAUUUCCAUGUGCAGCUAAACUUUGUGAUGUUACAAGACAUCCAAGUAAGCCUUGUGUCACUUAACAUCUUUCUGAGAGGAAGAGAAAGAAAAGAGAGAUGGAAUAAAGAAAGAGAGAGAGGGAUAGAGACGGAGAUCACUGGCCCAGGUUCCGGCUUUGGUCGAGCCAAGAGGGGUGGGGGGCUCUUGGUAUGCGAGCAUCCAUGUCCUGAGGUUUCAAAA